AUGUCACUCCAAGGCCUUUGGCGGUGCGCGGACCUGCUGAGAAAUCCGUUCAGGCCAGCCGGGCUUGGCUCUGUCCGUACGGCCACAAAGCGUGCUGGAGGGACGGUGGCCAACCAUGGUGGCUCCCCCGGAAAGCGUCUGGGUGUGAAGAAGUUCUCUGACGAAUAUGUCAUUCCCGGAAAUAUCCUUGUCCGCCAGCGAGGCACGGUUUUCCACCCGGGCCAACAUGUCAAGAUGGGUCGCGACCACACGCUCUACGCUAUGGUCCCUGGCUACGUGCGCUUUUACAAGAUCCCAGGCUCGCGCAAGGACCGCAAGUACAUCGGCGUGGUCCUGAACAAGGGCGAGAAGCUCCCUCGCGACGACGUCACUCUUGGCCGCAGUCGCUUCUUCGGCCUCGUAGACCUCAAUGCGUUCAAGAAAGAGGCCGCUGCAGAGGCGACGCCAUCAUGA